AUAACAUUACAAUUUUUUUUUUUAGAACGUUUUAUUAGAAAAUAGAUUCCCUAAAGCAGACUCUGAGAAGCAGCUGUCAAACUCUUUUCGGUGUAUUUGCCAGCAGUGGUACUACUGAAAGUGGUGACAAGAACAGAAAUCCAUGAAGCAAGGCUAUGCAGAAAUCUUUUAAUCAUAGAAUCAAGGAGUCUAACUCUGAAAAAUCAAGCAAAACAGAUUACCAUAUGUUCUCAAAUGAGAGAGUAAACAUAAACCCCAAACCAUUCUCAUGUUCUGAAUGUGGGAAAUGUUUUAGGGAACACUUCAAACUUCUUCGACAUCAGAGAACUCACACAGGAGAGAAGCCCUUCUCAUGUUCUGAAUGCGGGAAAUGUUAUAGCUAUAACUAUACUCUUAUUUUACAUCAAAGAACUCACACAGGAGAGAAACCUUUCUUGUGUUCUGAAUGUGGAAAAUGUUUUGUCCGUAAACAUCAUCUUCUUAGACAUCAGAGAAUACACACAGGAGAGAAACCAUUCUCAUGUUCUGAAUGUGAAAAAUGCUUUGUUACUAAAGCAGAACUUAUCUGUCAUCAGAGAUCUCACACAGGAGAGAAACCGUUCUCAUGUUCUGAAUGUGAAAAAUGCUUUUUUACUAAAGCAGAACUUGUCUGUCAUCAGAGAUCUCACACAGGUGAGAAACCGUUCUCAUGUUCUGAAUGUGAAAAAUGCUUUGUUGCUAAAGCAGAUCUUGUCCGUCAUCAGAGAUCUCACCCAGGAGAGAAACUGUUCUCAUGUUCUGAAUGUGAAAAAUGUUUUGUCGCUAAAUCAGAGCUUGUCCGUCAUCUGAAAUCUCACACAGGAGAGAAACCGUUCUCAUGUUCUGAAUGUGAAAAAUGUUUUAGCUAUUACUCAAAUCUUGUUAAACAUUGGAGAACUCACACAGGAGAGAAACCGUUCUCAUGUUCUGAAUGUGAAAAAUGUUUUGACACUAAAUCAAAGCUUGUCCGUCAUCUGAAAUCUCACACAGGAGAGAAACCGUUCUCAUGUUCUGAAUGUGAAAAAUGUUUUGUUACUAAAGAAAAGCUGGUCUGUCAUCAGAGAACUCACACAGGAGAAAAACCAUUCUCAUGUUCUGAAUGUGAAAAAUUUUAUAGGCAUUACACAAGUCUUGUUAAACACCGGAGAACUCACACAGGAGAGAAACCAUUCUCAUGUUCUGAAUGUAGAAAAUGUUUUGUUAUGAAAGCAGAUCUAGUCAGUCAUCAGAGAAUACACACAGGAGAGAAACCGUUCUCAUGUUCUGAAUGUGAAAGAUGUUUUAGCUAUAAGUCUAGUCUUGUUAAACAUCGGAGAACUCACACACGAGAGAAACCGUUCUCGUGUUCUGAAUGUGGAAAAUGUUUUGUUACUAAAGCAAAGCUGGUCUGUCAUCAGAGAACUCACACAGGUGAAAAACCUUUCUCAUGUACAUAUGGUUGAAAAGGUUUUGUCACUAAAGCAGAGCUCUUCAGUCAUCAGAGAACUCACACAAGAAAGAAACCAUUCUCUUGUUCUAAAUGUGGAAAAUGCCUUUUAGCUGUCACUCAGCUCUUGUUAUACAACAGAGAACUCACACAGGAGAGAAACCGUUCUCAUUUUCUGAAUGUGGAAAAUGUUUUACUCAACAUUCACAUCUC